ACCGACCGGUCUUUCAUCGCCACCCACCUCAAUCUCCAUAACAGAAUCGAUCGCUUUCUUUUGCACUACAAAGGUAGCGAUUCUCACAAUAACUUCUUCUCCAUUUUGCAUACCGAUACCUACGCUCAUUACACUACUUUCCAAAUCCCAUUUAGUUGCGAAACCAAUUACUUCAAGUUAGCUGCUUCUUUUGAUGGGCUCAUUUGCUUGUCUGACUCUUACCAAUAUUUUGGUCGAAUUAUAUAUUUAUGGAAUCCCUCUAUUUGUAAACUCAAGAUCCUCAGAAGUUCUUGUUUUGCUCGAAAGUUUAGAGACGCUGGAACUUUUUUCGCUCUUGGGUUUGGAUUCUCCCACAGUACUAAUUAUGAAUUAAAGAUUGUGAGGAUAAUGUAUUUUUAUAAUUUUUAUAUGCCUGUUUAUAUUGGGAAAAAACCACCGAAGGUUGAAAUUUACUCAUUGGCCACUAAUUCUUGGAGAAGAAUUGGGACUAAUGCUGGAUACUAUGCAAUUCAAAAAUCUUCCUCUGCAUAUGUUAAUGGAGCUGUGCAUUGGUUUGCUUCAAGGACAGGAGGGCUAUCGAGUAAUGUUGUCUUGUCAUUUGAUUUUGGUACUGAGAAAUUUGGGGAGAUACUUGCUCCAAAUUUUGAUCGUGAAGGAACAAAUAACCUUCAAGUUUCUGCGGAUGUGUUGAGGGGAUUGUUAAUCUUGAUUGUUCACUAUGUUAAAGACUUUGACAUGGUUGAGAGUUGUUGCAUAUGGGUAAUGAGGGAGUAUGGGGUGGCCGAGUCCUGGACUAUGAAUUAUUCAAUUGUACCGCAGGGGAGCAUAUCGAGGUCCUUAUGACUUUGAUCAACUGCAGUUUAAACAUAUAGGAUUUGUUGGCAAUUAUAUUGCACUAGGUUUGGUUCCUUUUGUUGAAAGCUUAGUCUUAUUCAAGGAAGGAUUUUGUCCAAGAAGAUUUGUAUACCCUUUAUUUCCCGAAGGGGGCAUUCGUUUGGGGAAGCGAAAAUGGAGUGUAUACAAGCUACUGCAACAAAAAUGGCCAUGAAACGAGAAAAAGACUUCAUAUUCCAUUUCCUAUCUCAAAACCAGAUGCUUUCAAGAGAACCUAAUCAGAGACAUACAUUGUUUGUGGUGAAGAAAGAUUGAGGAUCUCAGCUGGCAACCCCAGAUUUAGGCUGAAGAUGAAAAGGAAGAGGAAGAUAAGACUGGUGUGGAGAUGAAGGACAUUUAUUUGGUAAAGACACAAGAAGUGUCAAGAUAAAGGGUUGUGAAAACACUCAAAGCUUAAGUCUCGCUGCAGAUGUUAUGCUGAAUGACCAUUUAAGGAUUUAAUUUUGCUGUCUUUACCUCUUGGAUGAUUGAGAUUGCAGAUUUUGAAUGCAUAUUAUUAGUCUGUGUUAUCUAGUUUUCUUUGCCUUGUUUAUCUUCUUGAAACAGUGUUGGUUGUGCGCUUAUUCUACAGCAUGUUCUUGGAAGUAGUGGCUUGAUGAUUGAUGUUAAGUGAUUUGUUAUCUUAUACGAUGUCAAUGCAAGUAAUGUGUUAUUUUA